UUCAACUCUCCACGUUGUUCUUGUACCGACAAGUUUGUGAAUUUCAACUCAUUCCAAGUCUGUUUCUUCCCCAAGGCAGAAAAAUGGCAUCUCCAAUCUCCUUGUACCUUCUCCUCCUGACCCUCCUUUCCUUUUUCACCGCCGGUCACGGCUCAACCUCAGAUGUCCACGAUCUGCUCCCGUCGUACAAUCUUCCAAAGGGCAUCAUUCCCGACAACGUCAAGUCCUACACCCUCUCCUCCACUGGAGACUUCACGAUAGAGCUGGAAAGCACCUGUUAUGUUCACUUUGAUGAGCUGGUUUACUACGACAAGACCAUCACGGGGAAGCUGAGUUACGGGGCUGUGCGCGGUAUAUCUGGGAUUCAGGCAAAGAUGUUAUUUUUAUGGUUGCCUGUUACUGGGAUUGAGGUCGAUGGGAAUUCGGUUCAGUUCUUCGUUGGAUCUUUGUCUAAGACUUUGCCUGCCCAACAGUUCCAAGAUAUCCCUGUUUGUAAGAGGAAGCCUCUCCUGAGGGGCGCUGACCUGAUUGGUUCUGUGUGAAUUCGGGAGUCGCAGGUGGGGAAUUUAAGACUUCUGUUUUGCUCAGUAAUUUCAUUGAAGCUCUCUUGUUAUUACUUUGUGGUUCAUAGAACUGUAUGUUUGUUUCCAUCAAAAUAAAUGAUUCAUCGGACAAGUUGUGAAAUUGGUAUUAUUUCUGCAUGAUGAUUGUAAUGAUGACGGAAAAUUAUUGAAGAGUAUCGAUAUAUGUUUUACUUUCCA